CCAUUUGAAGAUACCUCCCAUUCACCCAUCCAAUCUUUCCGUGUUUGAAGAUGUGGAGGAGAUAUCGGGCAACUUAAUUAUCCAAUCAAAUCACACAGAAUUCCGGAAUCUCUCAUAUUUUAAGAGUCUGAAAUAUAUUUCUGGUCGGGAACCGAAUGGGAAACGAAUCAAUGAGACAGUUGUAAGAAUUUUACCAUUCUAGAUAACAACAAUGUCGCCAUCUGUCUAGCAGAGUGUCCAAGUAUCAUGUACCCAGAUGAAAAUAAUAUCUGUAGAAAAUGUCAUAAAAACUGUGCUGAUGGAUGUACAGGAAAUUCUGAUAUUGUGGGUCCAGGGGGAUGUAACUCUUGUGAAGUCGGUUUUCGAAAGUCUCAUUUUACAGAAACUAUAAGAUGUUUACCAACCGAUACUAAUUCCUGCCCCGACAGUCAUCAUCUAACUCCCGUUAAAAUAGACAAUAAUAAUCUACUAGGUGGAAAAAGGAUGUGUGAACCUUGUCAUCGACUGUGUCAGACAUGUUACGGGGCCAGUAAUAUGAAUUGUAAUAAAUGUAAAUUUUUCGAGGCCGAUUCGUGUGUAGAUUUCUGUCCAACUAUGACAUUCGGUAAUAAAGCGACACAGAAGUGUGAACCAUGUUUUGACGAGUGUCGAAGUGGAUGUCGAGGAUCAGAAAGUACAGAUUGCUUGGCAUGUAAAAACUUCAAAAUCUACAUCGGUGAGGAUGAUAAGAGGUUUAACUGCACGGAUGAAUGUCCACAUCUACCAUAUUCAGUGUUGGAUAACAACACAAAUAGUGAAACAGCAUCUAGAACAGUUUGUGCUGAUAAUACCCAUCCAGAAGUCAUCGCUUUAUUAUCACGUAACGCUGAAGAUGAAAAGAAGAAAAUGGCUAUAAUUGUUGCUCCAUCUGUAGCCGGUGUACUGAUUGUAGCUGUUUUGAUCGCUUGUAUAGCUUGGUGCUGUCAAAAACGAGCUAAAGCCAAGAAAAAAACGGCAAAACUUACGGCCAAGAUGACUGGCUGGGAUGAGGAAGUGCCUCUUACACCUACGACAGCUAAACCUGACCUUGCUCAGUUAAAAUUGAUAAAGGAAUACGAUUUACGACGUGGAGGUAUUAUUGGCUCUGGAGCAUUUGGUACUGUCUAUAAAGAUUUUGGAUUCCAGAAGGUGAAAAUGUUAAAAUUCCUGUGGCUAUAAAAGUUUUACAGGAAGGAACCUCACCCAAUCAGAAUAAAGAAUUGUUGGAAGAGGCUCGUGUCAUGUCGUCAGUAGAACAUCAGUAUUGUGUCAGGAUAUUGGCAGU